AUGGAAGACUCAGCAGCAAACACAGCCUGUGCAAAUGGAGUAAACGGAGAAUGCAAAACAGAUGAAGCGCCUGCUGGUGCAUCUCAUGGUUCUGCUUCACAUACCUGCUGUGGCAGCUGCCUGAAAGCCAUCAAGUCAUGGAUACCUGUCGUCUACAGGAAUGAAGCAGUUCAACUUUUAAAACUCGGAGGACCAGUGGUCAUUUCUCAGUUGAUGACCUAUCUUAUCGGCUUCGUCAGCAUGGUGUUCUGUGGUCACCUGGGCAAAACUGAACUGGCAGGGGUGGCACUGGCAAUAGCGGCAAUAAAUGUCAUGGGUAUUUCUAUAGGCUAUGGUUUGGCAUCGGCCUGUGACACUCUCAUAUCUCAGACUUAUGGGAGUGGUAACCUUAAGCGUGUAGGGGUGAUACUCCAGAGAGGGACUUUGAUCCUGCUGUUAGCUUGUCUCCCCUGCUGGGCCUUUCUCAUUAACACUCAGCCCAUCCUGCUGGCCGUCGGACAGAGCCCAGAUGUCGCCAGGCUCUCCCAGUUGUAUGUGAAGAUCUCCAUGCCUGGUUUGCCAGCUGCCUUCAUAUACCAGCUGCAGUCAAAGUACCUCCAGAAUCAGGGCAUCAUGUGGCCCCAGGUGAUUACUGGAGUGGUGGGAAAUAUUCUUAAUGCAGUUAUCAACUACACCUUUCUCUAUGUUCUGGAUCUGGGUGUCGCAGGGUCUGCAGCAGCCUCCGUCACCUCACAGUGCUCUCUGGCUGUGAUUCUAUUUGUGUUCAUCCGCCUUCAGGGGCUGCACAAGGCCACAUGGGACGGUUGGUCACAAGAGUCCCUGCAGGAAUGGGGUCCCUUCACCCGUCUGGCGAUUUCCAGCAUGGUUAUGCAUUGUCUGGAGUGGUGGCUGUACGAGAUCGCAGGACUCCUGGCCGGCACAAUUAGUGAGACUGAGCUGGGAGCCCAGGCUAUAAUUUACCAGCUGAGCUGUAUUGUUUACAUGAUCCCAUCGGGGUUGUCUGUAGCUGCAAGUGUACGGGUGGGAAAUGCUCUUGGUGCUGGAAACACCGAACAGGCCAAGCUGUCCUGCAAGGUCUCCCUCCUCUGUGGAUUUAUAGCCUCAUGUUUUUUUGGAGCCCUUCUUUUUGCGUUGAAGGAUGUGAUUGGAUAUAUUUUCACCACAGAGGAAGACAUGGUUCAGAGGGUUGCUGAUGUCAUGAACAUGUAUGGUGUCGUUCACGUCGGUGAUGCCACGGCGAGUGUGACAGGAGGCAUUAUUAGGGGAGCAGGGAAGCAAGUGAUUGGUGCUCUGUGCAGUUUGGUGGGAUUCUACUUCAUUGGCUUCCCCAUUGGAACAUCUUUGAUGUUCGCUGGACAGAUGGGCAUUUUAGGCCUGUGGUCAGGGCUUUUCAUUUGUGUCGUGUUACAGUCCAUAUUCUUUCUAAUUUUCCUGUGUAAAUUAAACUGGAAGAAAGCCACUGAAGAGGCAAUGGAGAGAGCAGGAGUCCGGGUCAUGGAAAGAAAUACGGACUUAGGGAUGGAAAAUAAAGCCCUAGACUCUGCUCAGAAAGAGGCUCAGCUUAAGACCAAUGGAUCCAGUUCUCUGAGCCCAGCAGAGGGGAAGCCUGAGGGUCUCGACGCAGGUCAGCAUGAAACACCCACCACCGCUGAGGGUCUGUCAGUCAGGCAGCUGGUUUUACGACGUGGUCUGGCGUUGCUACUCAUGGUCCUCAUUUUUGCUGCUGGAGUCUUGAUCAGUGAGCUGCUUAUCAGACAAAUGUUCAAAUGA